GACUGGUGCCUUUAACUUACAAGCAUCUCGGGGAGAGGAGGAAAAAAGGACUUUCCCCCGGCUCUUAUGUGGAGGAAUAAAGCUGCUGCACAGCCGUCGCGACUUGGUCAACUUCAAACUCUAUACCCGGCAUCUUUCCUCGGAGAGAAACUUUUCUAUGAAGGCAGGUUUCCUCUGUAUUUUCCGACUUGGAUUAAGUUCUGCAUGGAAACAAAUGAUAUUUGAGAGGAGCGGAGAGAGGAGGUGGGUGUCGGGUACAAGCCUGUGUGCUUCUCCUCUUGUUCUUUUAUGCUCGGAUACAAGCCUGUUUGAGUUUGACUUAAGUGGAAAAAAUAGUCCCUAUUGUUGCUGCUGCGUGAUCUAAAUCUUAUUCGAGUUUCAAAGAGAUCUUAAAGGGUUAAUCCGAGAAUUAAAGGAAAGUUCUUGAAGCAAUAAAGACAGGAUUCUAAGGGAGAGAAACAUAAGUAUUAUUUUAAAUUAUGGCAUUGAAGGCCAGAGUGUUGUACGACUUCCACUCUGAAAACCCAGGAGAGAUCUCCAUAACAGAGAAUGAGCUGGUGACCCUGUUCACUGAGGAGGAGCUGGAGGGCUGGCUGGAGGGGGAGAACAGCAGGGGGGAGGCUGGCCUCUUCCCUGCCUCCUAUGUGGAGAUCAUCAGGGACCACAUCACCUCCAACACCAACAACAACGGCAUCUCCUUGCCCAAAACCAAAGCCCUGACGCCCACCCACACCCCCUACACAUCCCCGGACACCCAGUCUCAGAGAGGACUCGGGGCUGGCAGCAUUGGCAGUGGCGGAGGCAGCUUCCACACCAGCCAGGGCAGCGAUGACGACUGGGAUGACGAUUGGGAUGACAGCUCUCCUGCAGCAGAUGUGCCUCGGGGUCUUGGCACCUCGCCUCCCUUGUACCCGGUGACCACCUCCUUGCCAGCGCGGCGUGAGAGCUCCCAGCAGCAUCAACACCAAGCCAAGAGCUCGGCGACAGUGGGGAGGAACCUCAACAGGUUCUCCACCUUUGUCAAGUCCGGAGGGGAGGCGUUCCUGCUUGGGGAGGCCUCUGCUUUCGUGAAGGACGGGGACAGGAUCUGUGUGGUGAUGGGGAAGCAUGGACCGGAGUGGCAGGAGGACCCGUAUCCAUUCACGUGCACCAUUGACGACCCCACUAAGCAGACUAAGUUCAAAGGCAUGAAGAGCUACAUGUCCUACGGCCUGACACCAACGCACACCAACACGCAAGUCAACCGCAGGUAUAAGCACUUCGACUGGCUGUACGCUCGGCUCGUGGAGCGCUUCCCGGUCAUCUCGGUGCCCCACCUGCCAGAGAAGCAGGCCACCGGCCGCUUUGAGGAGGACUUCAUCUCCAAGCGGAGGAAGGGACUGAUCUGGUGGAUGAACCACAUGACAAGCCACCCUGUGCUGUCACGCUGUGACGUUUUCCAGCAUUUCCUAACGUGCGGGGCAGACGAGAAGGCCUGGAAACAGGGCAAGAGGAAGGCCGAGAGGGACGAGCUAGUCGGGGCCAAUUUCUUCCUCACAAUCAGCACACCGUCUGUCCCGCUGGACCUCCAGGAGGUCGAGAGCAAGAUCGAAGGCUUCAAGACCUUCACCAAGAAGAUGGACGAGAACAUUGUGGUCGUGAACGCCACCAUCAACGAGUUCGCUCGGAAGCAGAUGGCGGGGUUCAAGAAGGAGUACCAGAAAGUCGGGCAGGCCUUCACGAUCCUGGGACAAGCGUUUGAGAUGGACCAGCAGGCCUACUCAGUGGGCCUGAACAAAGCCAUCGCCUACACUGGUGAAGCCUAUGAGGCGGUGGGAGAGUAUUUUGCUGAACAGCCGCCCCAGGACCUGGCGCCCAUUUCUGACCUGCUGGACCUCUACAGAGGACACCUGGCUAAUUUUCCUGACAUCAUCCAUGUGCAGAAAGGUGCACUGACCAAGGUGAAUGACUGUCCAAAGCAGGAAGGUGAGCUCCACAACCGCUGCAACAUCAUUUCCUGCGCCACGCUGGCAGAGAUCCAGCACUUCCACCGCACACGCGUACGGGACUUCCGCGCACAGAUGCAGCACCACCUCCGCCAGCAGAUUGCCUUCUACCAGAAGAUCACCGCCAAGCUGGAGGACGCUCUUCAGAGAUACGAUGACGACCAGUAGGAAGAGAGAGAGAGAGAGAACAGAGAAGUUGGACUACAAAGGCCUUGAGGAAACGGAGGGGUAGCUUGAAGAGAGGAGCAGACUGGGGAUGAUUGAUGGGUUCUUCCUGCAGUAAUGGAGAACAUCUUAUCAUCCUUAAGAGAGAAAACUUUUUGAUGCAGUGAAACCUGGGCCUGGUGCAAGCAUUGAAAGAAAUAUACUACUCUUUUAAAAUAUAUAGGCCACCGGACUGUGGAAUGACAACUUCUUGGAUUAUCUGGACGGCUCUGAUGAAUGUACCAGUAACAGGGAUUUUGCUGACGCUCCAGGCACAUCUUGCAACUCAGCGGGACUGCGACAGAUAUUAAAAACAGCUGCUCUCAGUGUGACGGGGCUUGAUUCCCGGUUUCAGGGUCAUGUGAUCUCUCCAUGCCUCCGCUGCCUCACCACUUCAUGGAAACCUUCCGCUGUAGACACGAAACUCCCCAAAUCACUUCAACUGGAUGUUUUAAUGAUUGAAAGACUUCAUGAAUUUGAUGAUUUUUGUUAUCUCUAUAUGUGUCUGUUUUUACUUGAAUGACCUGUUCAGUAUUGUUUUAAUGGGACGUGACAGAGGGGAAGUGAUUAUUCGUGAAUGCGGAAAGAGGAAAGUAGGCGUAAUCUACUUAAUGAGUUUAGUAGUUGGAUUUCAUUACAGCUGAAAUUUGACCUACUUCUGAUGUCUAACAUCUCUCACGAGGCAGAUGUGCUCACAUCUUUACUUUAUCAUAAUUUGAACAUCUGUGUUCUGCAUUUUACUAAAAAUAAUAAUUGAUAUCCGACUUUUUGACAGGCUCCAGAGUUCUGUUUCUUUGGGUUGCUGUAGGCCUGGGGUUAUUAACACCCUCAGUCCACAUCUGUCUUUCUGCUUUCCCUUAAUCAGGGGAGGUCAAAAGUUCAGGCUCAUGGUACAGAUACUUCAACGCAGUUGAUGCUUCCAGGCGUUAAAGCUUUGAGCCCUGAUCCUCCAGUUUAAAGCCACUAUGUGUAGGCUUUUAUAUUAUUAUUUUAAAUUCUUCUGGGGGCUAGUUAUUUUUUUAAUUGUAAAAGACAAUCUUGGUGAAAAUCUUUGUGUUUCGUUCAUGCUGUUCUGUCUUUUUUGAUACAAGCACAAAGUUGGACAGAUCCUACACAGCGGCCUUGAAGAUGGUUGCUCUUCUCAAUAUGCUAAUCGGCUAAAAAACAUUCUUCUUAUAAGGACCAAAAUAACCCAGCCAGCAACUAUAUAUGGGGCCUAUGUGGGUUGUAAAUGGGUUGAAAAAUGGGCCCUAUAUGGGAUUGUCCAUGGGUUUCAUAUUGGUCCCAUACCAAUGGCCACAUCAAUGGCUUUACCCAUUUAUGCUAGGGCUACCUGGGUACCAAGUGGGUAUGGGCCAAACAUGGGCAUCUUAUCCGAGGCCCACUUGGAUAAACCCAGCUAUGUGGGCAACUGGCAUGGGGCCAAAACAUAACCCAUGAACAAUCCCAUAUAUAGACCGUUAAGAGCCGAAGUCACAAGGAUGUCAGUUUGUUAGCUGGAGGCAAAACACCACUUGCCACCACAGGGCUGUAGACUAUGUAGGAGUCUUAAAAUGU